CAAGUCUUCAUGGGAGUUGGAGAUCUUUCAUUGUAAAGACUAGUAUAACUGGAUGUAACUAGUGUAUUGAUUGAACUUCAGUAGACCGUUCUUCAAUCUGCCACAGUUUGUUCAGAUUUGUUUCUUGCAGGUACGGAUGCCUGACAGACACAGAUGUCAUAAGUACAGUCUAUAGUAUAUCAGUAUAUUCUUAGUGGUUGUUCUCACCUGGAACAGCAGGUGUUUGAGUCCUUGUUCAUUCCGUUUACCUGCAGCUUUUACCUGCAGCUUUCAGCACAAAGUCCAGCUUUGCUUCCUUCGAAGUUUUGCGGCAACUAAGCACCUUGAGCAUCAGGUGCUCAGCCAUGCGCAGCUUAGUAGCUACCCUCUUGGCUUUGGGCUGUUUGCAGCCUCUCCAAGUGGCCGCAACAUGUUUGGCCAACGGAACGGAGCCAGCAGCAUUGAAGAAUCUGGUGACAUGGCAGAAAUCAUGGGGCUCUUUGUCGGGAACUGGCCGGGCGGCUUGGCUACCAGCUCUCUUGCAGGCAUCCUCAUUCAGGAGAUGCUGGGCUACAAUGUGAGCUACAAUGGGCCAGGCGGCAGCACGACUCACGGCAUGUAUGCGAUUAGUGGCUGUCGCAACCCCACCGCCACGACUGCAGAGGAGCGUGGCUGCGACGCGAAGGUGACCUACAAUCACAUCACCAUGGAAAUGUGGGAAGCUUAUCCAUCGCUCUGGGCCGAUCUGCAGAAGAACAAGGCCAUGGCGCCCAAGGCGUUGACGUCCAUGGGCUAUGAUGGAAAAACCUCCACGUACCUGCUGAAAAGCGUGCAAGAGUCCGUGGCCGAAUCUGAAGGGUUGCCUUUGGAGUUCUACACCUCAUACAAUGCCAACUGGUGGAAGCCAUGGCUCUAUUUUGACAACACCUCCUCGGUCAAUGCGACCAGGUUCCUCAAGAAGUGCAGCGAGACACAAAUCUUCUCGGAUAGCUUGAUGCGGAACUACCUGGCGCAAACGGGUGAUAGUGCUGGAGUGCAGAUCAUUGAUGGUGCAGUUGUGGGUUCGUGUCCUGAUGAGUACUUUUGGAGGGCGCCAAGUUGUCGUAACGAGACCUUCAAGUGCGUGAUCUUCUUCACAGGCGGUGCUGGUUGGAGCGUUCACCUGAUCAUGCAGCAAGCAACUGCUUGGAACAUGCCGAUUGCUAUGGCAAUUGCCAACACAUGGGGGGAUUUUGCUGCAAUGCCAGUGGCUCACCGGAGCCUUUUCUAUUGGUGGGAGCCAGAUCCAACUUUCCUGGAGCUGGCGCCAGUUGAGGUGAUUUUCCCACCGCAUGACAGGGUUGGCCAUGCCAAUGGAGAUUUAAAAACAGCUCCGAGCACCAUCAGACUCACCAAAGGCGUCAGCAAAGACUUGUUGUCACUCGCUCCCAGAGUGGAGAAUUUUCUGGUGAACAUGGAAAUCAGCAUGGCCAUGAUCAAUGCAAUCAUGCUGGACCAGAAGAACACAGGAGAUUCCUGGGACGAUGUCACCUGCCGAUGGCUCCAAGGCAACAAAGCCACGUGGGAAUCAUGGUUACCAGAUGAUACCACUUGUUUUGCGGGCUUUGGGCUCGUUGACAUCGAGUCUGGAGAGCUUGCAAUGGAUAGAACUGUUCGCGAGGGCAAAAGGUGCCAAGCUUGCCCCAGCGGUACCUUUUCUGAGCGCUUGGUGGACUCCAUCGGCGUGACCUACAUCUGUUCCGCAUGCCCCUUGGGCACCAGCCAGGCUUCGGGAGCCUCGCUCAAGUGUGAGCCCUGUGACAAGGGCACAUACCAAGACGAGCUGGGAAGCCAAAGCUGCAAGCGUUGUCCCCUGGGCACCUAUCAGGAUCAAGAGGGUCAAGCCCAAUGCAUUGCGUGCCCGGAUGGAAGCAGCACGCUGGGCUUGGGAUCCGUGGCGUUCACCGAUUGCGGCUGCGUUGAGGGUCGCAUUGACGUUGCGCCUGCAGGUCUGACGUGCGAGGUUUGCAGCGUUGGCUUGACUUGUCCCGCCAUGGGGACACUGGAGAGUUAUGAGACAGGCGUGCAUCCUUUGGGCACGAAGUACUUGCCUAUUGUGGAUGCAGGCUACUACACCACGGCAGCUGAGCCCUUGAAGGUCUACAAGUGUGGCAAGACCUGGCACUGCCCAGGUGGCGUCCCAGACUCUUGUGCAGGUGGUCGCGCUGGAGUGCCAUGUGCUGAGUGUCCACAAGGUAAGACAUGGAGCGAAGGACAAUGCAUGGAAUGUGAAGCAUGGAGGCAAAUCCUUUGGGGCAUCAGCGUGGUGGGAGUCUUCCUUUUCCUUACGGCAUCCUAUUAUUUGAUGACUUCAAAGGUGACGGCUAAGGCUUCCGUGCUGUUCACUACGACCUGUGCGUUUGGCAUGCUGGUGUCCCUCCUCCAGAGUGUUGGGAUCAUUGGCAUGAUGACGGUUGAGUGGCCCGUGGAUCUCAAGGGUUUCUUCUCCUACUUCCAGGCGACUCAGAUCCUGCUGUGGAGUGGAGUUCCUUUGCACCAUGGGUGACCAGAACCCACUGAGGGCAGUCCCCAUGAUUGGCGAUAGCAAGUCCGCACAUUCUUGCGGUGAUUGCUCUCAACAGAGGAAGUUUACUGUGCAAAAAGAACUUCGGAGUUACGGACAAAUGCAUCAAAGAAGAGAGUAGAGUAGAGUAGAGAGAGAGAGAGUAGAGAGAGAGCAUGAGUAGUUAAAGUCGACUUUUCGUGGCAGGCGUGAGGCGUCAUGCAAUUUUGAUAGUGAGGAUUUCCGCCCGAUGCCACGUUUUCACAAGAACCGUUCUCCGCUCAUGUCAGUCUAGGAUUGUGGUGUUUGCGGCAGGUGUGGUCCGUGACCGUGAUCGAUUCAUGCUUGGAAACGUGCGUGCAGUAAAUGGGAGUGUGUUUCGCGUGUGCCAGCUCGCAUAAAGUGAGUUUUCACAAUGUGUUGCUUUGAGGGCUGAAAAGUCAUCGUGGCAGGCGACGGUCACCGUGCAUGUUUGAAAUUGCGGCUCAGCUUGCCAAAAGCGUUUUGCGUUUGCAUGCUCGAAUAACGUGAGGUUUCGUCCUGUCUUGGGAGCUGUUUCUCUCAUUGUACUAUAAUGGCUGUGCUAGCUGCUAGGGCUGCGCUGGCGGAAGUUGAGAGUAACUGGAGUGGCAGAGAGUAGGUAGUAGCGUGGAGGAGAGCAGCGUACUUGUUUGGUAGAAUUAGAACGAAAAUAGAGUAAAGUAAAGUAGAUCCAAAGAGUUCAAUCAGUUUGCGCUUUUCCUAUUUUUUCUUGAUAUGGACAUUUCCGCGGAGAUGCCUUGUGCAGCUCUGCUGGUGAUCUAAACUGUGGUCCCAUGGCUUUGGCAGAGGGGGUGGGACCGCCUUCCUUCGCAGGUUCUCUUGUUGGACCUCGACAGCUUCGGUUUUGCCUGCUUCGCCGGCGCUGAAACGAGCUUUCGCUACAUCGUGAGCGUGGUCUUCUUCCCAGCGGCCGUGUCCUGGUUGGUGAUGAACUUCAUCUUGAGCAAAGUGCUGCCACAGCAUCGUCGCUGGGGUAUCACGAAGGUGGCCAGUUGCUCUGGGCAGGUGCUUCAGGUGGGGCAGGGCUCGUGUAUUCGUUAUCUCCUUCUUUUUGACGUUUGUGGAGUUGUGUUGGCUUUUUGGGAAGUGACACAUCUACUUGUGUUGCUUUGUUUUCUUGGUCACUUUCAAUUUAUCUAAGUUACAAAGCUUCACCGUGUACUUUUGUGUGUUUCUCAAGUGAUUGUGUGUGAUGUUUGAACACGUCCAAACGAUCAACUCAUUGAAUCGGCCAACAUGCUGGAUGGCAACUGCGGAGGUUUGCAGUUUGGCUCUAGUAUAUUUCUUCAAAGCAUGAGUGUAAUGGCAAGUUCACUUUUGAUCUUUCACUUGUUUAAUAGCAGAUCUUAUGCAGGAACCUAUUUUCACGUGUUUCUCUUCUACAUCAGACGUGACAUGUUUGUUAUCAUGAAGAUCUUGUUGCAG